CCACCCAGUGUGCCGCCGGGACACUGGACCGCGAUGAUCGUGUACAACGUGAGCCUCAGCGGCUGCGCGGGGGCAAACAGCGCGCUGUGUGCCGCGGUCGGGGACGGGCACCAGGGGGGAGGCUCCUACCGGUCCACCCUGAGUCCGACAGGGAACCUGUUGGUGGCUGUGUGCCUGGGCUUCAUCGGCACUUUCGGACUGCUCAACAACCUGCUGGUGCUCAUUCUCUUCUGCCGCUACAAGAUGCUGCGGUCUCCCAUCAACCUGCUCCUGAUUAACAUUUCCAUCAGCGACCUGCUGGUUUGCGUGCUGGGGACUCCGUUCAGCUUCGCCGCCAGCACGCAGGGAAGGUGGCUCAUAGGGGAAGGAGGAUGCAUGUGGUAUGGCUUCGCAAACUCCCUGUUUGGAUCCCUUGGCGUCCCUAUCAACGCAGAGGUGGGCCCUUUAGCGUCGAUGUUCAACUAUCAGGGAGUCCCAUUGAAUUGCAUAGAGCAACACCCCCACCCCCCCUCUCUCUAUCCAAUUGGAACCAUGGACAGCUAG